AUGCACGCCAAGAUCAACAUCGCUCUGUUUGCCCUUGCUGGCUCUGCUUUCGCUCGUCCUAUGACCGAGGUCAGCUCAGAUAUCACCACCACUACUACUGACGCGUCUAUUCUCAACCACCCCUCUACCACUGCCGCUACUACAUCCUCGACAACGGAGGCCUCUACCACUUCAUCAACUACAACCGCCUAUACGUCUUCGUCGAGCUCGACUGCCCCAACAAGCUCAUCGAGCACGACCUUUGACUGCUCGAACGCCCGAUGGCCUGCGUCCUCCACGACGUUCGAUUGUGCGCAUGCCUCGUACCCAGGAGAGAGCGGAUGUGGCGUUUACCACCCUCCCAAGACGACAACCACUUCUUCGACUACUACGAAGUCCGCCUCAAGCAGUUCAACAACCACUAAGGCUACUUCAAGCAGUUCCAGUUCCGCUUCCAGCACCUCUAGCAGCUCAACCACGAAGAAGCCACACCACACCACCACUAAGGCCACAACUACCCCGUAUACGACAACCACGACCGCUGCUCCCAUCACUAUUACCGAUACCAUCACUGUGACCACAACUGUGCCCUAUACGAAGCCUCACAUCAACCACGGAACUACCAUUUACGAGACUUUCUAUAGCACUAGCACGUAUGAGUACACUACCUGCUACACUAAGCCAACUCCGCCUCCGGUUCCCGUCACCACCCACUCAACCACCACUGGAUGCCCAGCUGUGGCCACAGUGACUGAGUAUGUCUACCCCAACAACGGCUAUGUGUACUAUCCUCCUGGUCAACCCUGCAACCACUGCCAGACUGUCACCUACGUUGACGUGACUGGAUAUGUUGUCACUAUCGUGGUUCCGGAUCACCCGCAGAAGCCUACAUCGACUUCUACCAUUCCGGCUCCCCCAAAGACAACCACCACCACCACUACAACUGCUGCCCCAAAGACAACUACCACGUCGUCGAGCUCCACCACGAAGCCCCACCACACUAAGAGCACAUCGACCAGCACUGCUACCUCCUCGUCGACCAAGACUAGCUCGACCACAAGCGCGUCUACCACUACCACUGCAAAGCAUACGAAGACAACCUCGACUAGCUCUUCCACCAGCACGGCCACCACGACUACAUUCGACUGCCACAACGCUAGAUACCCUGGUGAAUCCGGCUGCGGCUCUGCCCCAACCUCAACCACUCUUAGCAGCAGCACGACCACUGCUAGCGCUACCACCACACCCUUCGACUGUCACAACGCUAGGUACCCCGGUGAAUCCGGCUGCGGCUCUGCCCCUACCUCCACCACCGCUGCUACCUCUAGCACCAUCCCAGUGGUGAACAACAUUGUUGCUCCUACCACCACUGCCCUGUAA